UGUUACUUGUUAGAUAACCCUCUCUUCCGAGCCCUGACGCCUCCUCCCCUGUAGCCGGCGAUCACUCUUUGUCGAGAUGGAAGGAGACGACAUGGAAAAACCCAUUUUCAGAGACAUCAGACGAUAUUACUGUGAUUAUUGUGGCAUUUGCAGAUCUAAGAAGUCUCUUAUCACCUCUCACGUGAUCGCUCACCACAAGGAAGAGAUGGAUGAUGAAAGUGUAAAUGGAGAUGGGAAAUCAGAGGGUGUGAAGUCCAAUACUUGUGACGAAUGCGGUGCUAGUUUUAAGAAGCCUGCUUACCUUAAACAACAUAUGCAAAGCCAUUCGCUCGAGAGGCCAUACACAUGUUUGGUUGCAGAUUGCCAUGCUAGCUACAGAAGAAAAGAUCACUUGACGCGCCACCUUCUUGUGCACCAAGGGAAGCUCUUUGAUUGCCCAAUUGAGAACUGUAACAAUAAAUUUUCUUUACAAGGGAACAUGACAAGGCACGUCAGAGAAUUUCAUAGCGAGAAUUCUCCCUUAGUUGAUGUUGGGUGUCAAAAGCAGUAUGUCUGUCAGGAGCCUGGGUGUGGAAAGGUGUUCCAAUUUGCAUCAAAGUUGCGUAAGCAUGAGGAUUCCCAUGUUAAGUUGGAGUCAGUGGAGGCAUUAUGUUUGGAACCAGGUUGUAUGAAAUAUUUCUCAAACAGUCGAUGCCUUAAAGCCCAUGUCCAGUCCUGCCACCAGUAUAUUAUUUGUGACAUAUGUGGUACAAAGCAGCUAAAAAAGAACAUCAAGAGACAUCUCCGCACGCACGAGGGUGGUGUAUCACCAGUGAGAAUAAAAUGCGAUUUCAAUGGUUGUCUCCAUACAUUUUCUACGAAAACCAACCUUGCCCAGCAUGUGAAGGCUGUCCACCAUAAAAUCAAACCUUUUGCCUGUAGCUUUCCAGAUUGCGGCAUGAGAUUUUCGUACAAGCAUGUCAGAGACAACCAUGAGAAAACUUCGCUCCAUGUUUAUACUCCUGGUGAUUUUGAAGAGACUGAUGUGCAAUUUUGGUCAAGACCAAGGGGAGGGCGUAAGAGAAAGUUCCCAACUGUGGAAUCACUGAUUCGGAAAAGGGUUGCUCCUCCAAGUCAUCUCGAUCCUAUAUUGAAUCAUUUUGCUCUUUAGAGACCGGACAGACACGAAUAUAGCUCUGAUGGCGCAUUAGAAUAGAUAGGUUGAUGCCUUGUAUAUUAUGUGUGAAUUGAGUUAUCUAUUAUCUUUCUGAGACUCGCUAUUUCUCAAGAAUGCAGAUUUCGGUUUGUAUGUGGAUUUUGGGGAUAAUGUAAACCUCAGAAUUAGAGGAGUUAGCUUACUGUUUAUACCCUAUUUAUCUUUCUCCCCCUCCAAAAUAUUGUAUAUUUGAGAUGAUAUAAAGAGACUCUGUUUACCCUUG